AGAUUAUAAAUAAACAUUCAGAGUACACUGAGUGCUUUAAGAUAUCCGAUUUUAUACAUGUAUAGGCUUUUAGCUUUGUUUCAGGAAUUUCUAUUUAUUUGAUUAGAGUGAUAUAUAUACUACAGAUAGAAAAGUUUUAUCACAAAAUGUUAAGAUAAGGAACAUCUUAGCAUAUUUUUAGAAGUGCAGAAGUUUGAUUGAAGGUGUUUACUGAUAUAGAUAAACAAAUGAGAGCGGUUAACUUUUACAUUCUGACCUAAAGAUAAUAAUGGAUCAAUUAAUGUUGUAAGAAGCUCUGUGAAAAUGGUUUGAACCGGUCAAUUAAUUAUACUGCCGAAAUGAUGUUUACAAUUUAUACGGUGUGCUUUUUUCAAUUUUGUUAGAAAAGGCGUAAAUGAAUAACUUUAUUUCAAAAAGUUACAAUACCUUUUCAAACCAUUUGGGAUUUCUGGAUAAAAGAAAGAUUUGCUUAAAUUGUGGAGCAUCCUGGUCAGUUGUUUGUUUAUCCAAGUGAUAACGUUACAAUAAUUUAAGAUACAUUCUUACAACUAGCUUGGCCUGGUGGAUUACUUGUAAAAAUACUUGAUGAACAUGGCGACCAAAGGUCUUGACCAUUGGGGCGAUAUAACAGUUGUCGUGAUAUAUUUCGUAUUGGUUUUGUUUGUUGGAUUAUGGUCUGUUUUUCGUGGCAACAGAGGAAAUGUAAACAGCUACUUCUUGGCAGGACGAAGUAUGACAUGGUUUCCGGUAGGAGCAUCUCUGUUUUCAAGUAACAUUGGAAGUGAACAUUUCGUCGGUUUGGCGGGGACUGGUGCGGCAGCGGGUAUUGCUAUGAUAUCUUAUGAAUGGGCGUCGAUGCCACUAGUAUUGUUACUCGGCUGGUUCUUUCUGCCUGUAUACGUGUCAGCUGGGGUGUAUACGUUACCAGAAUAUAUCGAGAAAAGAUUUGGCGGGAAAAGACUACGAAUUUAUCUGAGUGUUCUUGCUCUUGUCUUGUACAUCAUAACAAAGUUAGCUGUUAGCAUUUAUGCUGGUGCAUUAUUUAUCAAGUUAGCUCUCGGCUGGGAUAUGUAUUUAUCAAUUGUCGGACUUCUUAUCAUUACGGGAAUAUAUACCAUUCUAGGUGGUUUAAGAGCAGUGAUAUAUACAGAUACAUUUCAGACCGUUGUUAUGACAAUUGGAGCCUUCUCUUUAGUUGGAAUUGGUUUCAACAAGAUUGGAGGCUAUUCCAAAUUGGAGGUGCUGUACAUGCAAGCUAUACCUGAUAUAAGAAGUCCUAACAGUACAUGUGGAUUUCCCCGUCAAGAUUCCUUUCAUAUUUUCCGUGAUGCUGUUACUGGAGACAAUCCUUGGCCAGGAUUAAUUUUACAAUCUUCUAUUGGAUGUUUAUGGUAUUGGUGCUGUGAUCAGGUUAUUGUGCAGCGUGCACUUGCAGCUAAAUCACUAGAACAUGCAAAAGGUGGCUCAAUUUUAGCUGGAUAUCUGAAAAUCCUACCUAUAUUCAUAAUGAUUUUCCCAGGAAUGAUAAGCAGAGCACUAUAUCCAAAUGAAGUUGGUUGUGUUGAUCCAACAGAAUGCCAAGAGAUAUGUGAGAAUCCAGUGGGCUGUUCCAAUAUAGCAUAUCCCAAGUUGGUGUUGGAACUGAUGCCAUAUGGAUUGCGAGGUUUGAUGAUGGCGGUAAUGUUAUCUGCUAUCAUGAGUUCACUAACCUCCAUCUUCAACAGUUCUAGCACUGUGUUUACUAUGGAUCUGUGGAGACGUAUACGACCUAACGCACACGAAAGGGAACUACUCAUAGUCGGUCGACUAUUUAUCAUAGUACUAUGCGGAGUAAGUAUUGCAUGGAUACCUUUAGUACGCUCAUCUCAAGGCGGACAACUCUUCAACUAUAUACAAGCGGUUCAAGGAUACCUUGGAACACCAAUCGGAGCCUUGUUCGUUCUUGGUGUUUUUUGGAAGCGAACUAAUGAAUAUGGUGCCUUUUAUGGUAUAGCUAUUGGACAUACCAUUGGCAUAAUACGAAUGGCAAUAGAUUUGGCAUAUCCUGCCCCGGACUGUGGAGAUCCUGAAACAAGGCCUUCAAUACUAUUAGAUGUCCAUUAUACCUAUUUUGGAAGUCUUAAUGUAAUUAUUACGUCCAUUGCAAUGGUAGUGAUAAGUUUGUUAACGUCACCCCAAUCUGAAGAGGAGUUGAAGGGUGUUACAUGGUGGACGAGAAUAAAACCUCACCCAGCUGAUCAUGUUCACAAAGAAACAGUUCAGGAAACAAUUGAAACAGAUGCAUCUGAAACCAAAAAGGAAACGACAUCGUCACAGAAUGGUCUGACGAUUCAGGACCAACCUGAAGAUAACAAUGAAACGGACCAACAUUGUCAUAAAACUAUCUUGGAUAUGAUUUGUGGAAUGCCAGAGGCGGAUAGUGGAGAGAAUCCUCAUCUUGACGAAGCGAAGACGAGAGAAUAUUUAACAGAAAAUCCAAUGUGGAAAACGAUUCUAAACGUAAAUGCCGGGAUAGGAUUGGUAGUUGUUGCAUUUUUAUAUGGCUUUUAUAGAUAAACAGACUAUACAACUCGUAAUAAAAUUAAAGACCGUUAGUUUAAUUUUAUUAUGUGUACAUAUCAUAGGCAGCACAUCUUUAAACAUAAUUAUGUAUUUUAUUAAGUUCUCUACUUAAGUUCGUUUGUCAUGUAUUACUGAAUAUAACGUAACACACCAUUGUAGAUAUUAAAUGAAAUACAUGUUCUUCACAAUUACAUUCUUCCUCUCCAUUUUUACAUUUAGAAUUAAUAUACAGUUCAUAAUGUCAUUUGACGAUUCAAAUAAACUAUGAUAGCUACAGUAACUGCCCCUUAGCAAAUCUGCAGUAUUUUUAUUAAUUCGGUUUCCCCAUAUGCAGCUUCCAUCGGCUACAUCACCUGAAUUUGCAGACGGAACUUUCCGAACUUUUCUAUACAAAAUGCCAUUAUAGGCUUUCUGAUGUAUUUUGACUAGAACUUUGUUGAACGCAAAAUUACAGCAAGACCCAGUCAGGAUCUCUAAUAGUAUGUGUGUUGUUAACUGUUAUCGACAAAUUAUCUUAUCUUUGACAUAAAGAUGUAUAGAAUAUCAGAAAACAAGGAAAUGUUUAGAAACAGCUGCUGUCAUCUGCGUUUGUACAAAUUGCCUAAUAGGAAGUAUGAUAAUAGUUUUUCUCUUUUGUGCGGUUAUCGGGAAACAAAUAAAGGCUUUAUUGUAGUGUUUUAUUUUGAACAAAAUAUCUGAAAACAAAUUCAUUGUUUUAUGCUUGUUUGUCUUUUCCUAUCUAAUACAGUCAAUAAAGAAAGAUCUAUAGAAACACGAUUUCCUUAAAGUUUUAAGCAUGUUAGGUAAAUAUAAAAGUACAGAAUAAAUGUAAUUAUGAUUGGAGAAUUUUACCAUUUUUUAAGAAUACUCCUUCCAAAUAUCAACGUUUUUCUCACCUCCAAUUUAAAACAAAUGCUAAUGAAAAUAAAUGAAUUUAAUGAAAAUAAUAUUUCAAUAUUUAGUUUUUGUUUGUAGUGUUUUGUUGAUAAUGUGGAUGUCAAUGGUUGGUUUGUCUUAAUUCUCUCGGUCAUGUAUGGACUUGACUGUAUUUCUUCUAUAUAAAUAUAUACUUAUGUUGUUUCCUCCUCGGUAUCUUGUUCCUUAUUUAACCACCUAAAAUGACUUAUAAUAAAUCCAAUAUUAAAGGAUAUCAUAACUGUGUUAA